AUGCGAGAAUUUCUGUACAGAUUCCGAUUCAUCGCGGACUUUGCCUCCAUCGGAAUACUAUGCCUUAUGAGCAUUUUCACCAUGGUCGUUAUUUAUUUGACUCAUAAUAUUAUCGAUGAGAUUGACGAAGUACGCGACGUUUUUAUGAGGAAAAAACAGGAUUUUGAGGUAAAUUACUGAGAGAACCUUUUUUUAAAUGAAAGAGUUGUGUCAGAUGUACGCAAAUGACGCUGAAAACCUGAUGGCCCACAAUCGACAUCUUGACGGAUUCUCCGAUAUAUUCGGCACUUUGAUACGAGUACCGCGACAGUCAUCCAACACUUGUAAUUGAAUAAAUGGUUCGAACGCAAAAGGAAUACUGUCACAGAACAAGGAUAGAAGUUGAAACAUUAGGAUGAAGAACUUGUUGGGCACCACCAGAGUUGAGUGGAAGAAUUUUUAUCUUUUUUAGAAAAUUUUUUCAUGAAAUGUGAUCAACUGACGAAAUGUAUAGCAAAGUGAACUGUGCUCAUAGAAAAAUAAUUGUAAAUUUAGCUUUUCAUACAAAAAAGUUAUUCGAGUUGUUCCGUGAAAAAAGGAGGGCUAACGAAUAACAACUCGAAUAACUUUUUUGUAUGAAAGGCUAAAUUUACAAUUAUUUUUCUAUGAACACAGUUUACUUUGCUAUACAUUUCGUCAGUUGAUCACAUUCCAUGAAAAAAUUUUCUAAAAAAGAUAAAAAUUCUUCCGCUCAACUCACUGGGCUCCACCUACUUUGCACGUCUCUUGCACUUGGAUUGAAAUAUAUUUUGAGCCGUUUGGGUGGUUUUUGAAAAACAAUUAAAACUGGCCGAACGCACUAAUGUUGUGAGCGUCGAGUUUUCAAUGUGUAGGCACUUAUAAUUAAUGUCCCGCCCGUAUGGAUCCUGGGUUAUCUAUGAUUUUAUUAUGAUUAUAUUGUCGGUCCCUUCGUGACCUUCACACCAAUAGUCCCUCUUUCUCUCUCUCUCUCUCUUUCUCUUCCUCUCUCAUGCUUCAGGUUCGACCGCGUCGCGCAGGCACGCGCGACGCGGUUUUUCCGCUUUUGCGCACAAAAUUACGAGAAAUCGUCGUUUUAUCAAUCCUCCCCCAACCUUAUCCUCUUUUUUUCCAGAUAAACAUGUCUUCGACGAGCGCAUCAACGUCCGAGAUCAUCUUCAAAGUCGAAUCGUCCGACGGUGUCCGGCUCCACAUCACAGAAAAGGCGCUUGCGCAGUCGAACACGCUCAGCAACUUGAUCCAAGGACUGGAGCUCACUCCAGAAUCGGCCGCGGAGAUGGGACCGAUUCCGCUGAGAAAUGUGGAUGGGGAGACGAUGAAGGUGGUGAUCGAAUGGAGUGAGAAUAACAAGAACGCGGCGCCGUUCACUCCGGAAGACGAGGAGAAUUCGCCGAGCGUGCGAAGCUCCUUCGACGACCGGUUGUUCCUGGACAAGCUGGACCACCAACAGCUCGUCAAGGUGAUCGCGGCGGCCAACUUCCUCGAGACGAAACGUCUUCUCUACGUUGCCUGCAAGCACGCCGCCGACAUCAUCUCGGAAUAUCAAUUGAGACAGAAUAAUUGA